AUGUGGGUCGUUUCAUUCUGGGUCUUCCCUCUUGUAUCGGCGUGUGUGUGGGUUGGCAUGUUGGUUGCCAUGCUCGCCGUAUGGGCCAGAGAAGGCGAACCGGUCUAUAGCGAGGAGGAGGAUGGCCAGACCGUUGCAUACAUUUCCGAUAUUGGUGCCUCGGGCUUGAAACCGCUCUUCGUUGCGGGUAGCGUUGUGACCGUCGUGUUUUUGGAUUUGGCUUUCUUGGCUGAGCGCUGGCUUCGUCACGCUGGCCAGCUUGUGCCUAACCGCGGUUGGUUCGAUAAGCUGUGUGCUUGUUUCUCGAUCUUCUUCGCCAUUGCUGGUGCGCUUGGGUUGAUUCUGCUAUCCAUCUUCGAUACCAAGCACUACCCGAAGAGACACGAUGGUUUCCUAGCUAUGUUCAUUGUUGGAUACGUCAUCAGUGCCAUCUUGAUCUGCGCCGAGUACCUUCGACUGGGUAUUUUCUAUCGCUCCCAGCACCGCAUUCUGUUGAUUAGCUUCGUCAUCAAGCUCUGCUUCAUCAUCAUCGAAGUCGGCCUCGCCAUCGGUUUCGGUGUUUGCAUGGGAAGCAACGACAAGAAGAAGAAGAACCCUGGCGCCAUCCUCGAGUGGGUCAUUGCCUUCGUCUUCACCGGAUACAUCCUCUCCUUUGUCGUUGACCUGCUACCCUCUGUCCGCACUCGCAACCACGUGCCCCAGGGCGAGAAGCGCAACGUGAUGUCCAACGGAGAUGACAGGUCUCACACCGUGUCGCUGGAGGAGCCCUUGACGUACGACUCGCAGGGACCCAACUAUUACCGCGGCCAACGCACAUAA